AUGAAGGAAGCAUGGAGGCGUAAGGCUGCAGAGCGCUACAAGGCACUAAUGUGCAAUGUCAGGAAAGGAAAAUCCAAGGUCAUCGUGCCUAAUAGUACAAUGCAAAAAUGGAAGGAGGCAUGGAGUAGCCCAAAGCUCAAAGCCAAGAGCCAUUUGUUCACUGCUAACCGCUGUAGUGAGAUAAGGGGAGUUGGGGCAGGCAUUUCUAGACACACAGGGGGUUCAGUUUCACAUGCUACUCAUGUGGAUAGAAUGGAAGCCCAGCUAGGCCGAAGACCUUUUCCCUAUGAGCUUUUCCAUAAGACCCAUACUAGGAAGGGCACUUCCGUUAUGGCUAAUGCACGAGCGCAAUCAAUUAAGGAUGCAUUUUUGGCACUUAAGGAGCAGUUGUCUCAACCACAAGAGGGGUGCAGUGACCCUCCUUCUGUGGAUGAGGUGGCACUAUAUUAUCAAGUUGUAAAGGGGGCGCGGGGGGGGGGGGGGGAGGAGAAGAAGAAUAGGGUUUAUGGCAUUGGAUCCCAAGCAUCAAUUUUCUACCCUAACUCAUCGCAUGGAUCAUCUUCUACUGCAUCCCAUCACGCUCAAUCGGAGUCAAUGGAGGAAGAGAUUAAGCAAUUGCAUCAGACUGUCGCAACACUAAAAGAUAGUCUGGCUGCAAUAGAGGAGAGAGACCGAGAGCAUGAGUUGAUGCUAGAGGAGAGAUACCGACAACGCGAGUAG